AUGCGCGUCCUCGUCCUCCUCGCGCCUCUGUUCCUCGCAUCAGCCGUCGCCCAGGGUAACGGCAACUCGAGCAAUUCGGUGUCGAAUAACGAUGGAGGUAACGGGCCCUCCACCGCGGCAGGAUCCGCCGGGGCCUCGUCACCCUCGUCUUCUGGCGGCUCGAACUCGAACUCGACCAACUCGGGCACCAAUGUGAGCUCGAACUCGACCAACACCAACACUGGCAACUCCACGGUCAGCGGUAGUGCCAACAACUCGUCCAGUGGCGGCGUCAAGACGACAGCCAAGCCGAUCGGGUACGAGACCCCCGCUGCCGUUCCUCCCUCGACGCUCGUGCCCGUCACAGCCGGCGCGCAGCGCGCAGGCGUCGCCCUCACACUUGCGGCGGCGGGCGUCGGCGCGGCCAUUGCCGCGGGCCUCACCCUCGCCAUGUAG